CCCGGAUUCUGAACCCUCCCCUUAUUGCCGCUCAGUCGGUCGAUCAGUCAGUCUGCGAGAGCCCGGCGGAGAGUGUAGAGCUUCAGGAGAACCCAACUUAAUAAUUUAAAUAAAACACUCCCUGUACGAAACCACAGACAUGGCAUCCGGAGUCACCGUCACAGACAACGUCAUCCAGGUCUUCAACGACAUGAAGGUGCGCAAGUCCCAGACGCAAGACGAGAUCAAGAAGAGGAAGAAGGCGGUGCUGUUCUGCCUGAGCGACGACAAGAAGAACAUCAUCCUGGAGGAAGGGAAGGAGAUCCUGGUGGGAGACGUGGGGGAGAGCGUGGACGACCCCUACCUGACCUUCGUCAAGAUGCUGCCCGACAACGACUGCCGCUACGCGCUCUACGACGCCACGUACGAGACCAAGGAGACCAAGAAGGAGGACCUGGUCUUCAUCUUCUGGGCCCCAGAAAACGCCCCCCUGAAGAGUAAAAUGAUCUACGCCAGCUCGAAGGAUGCCAUUAAAAAGAAAUUCACAGGUAUUAAACACGAAUGGCAGGUGAACGGUCUGGAUGAGAUCCGAGACAGGGCGACCCUGGCAGAGAAGCUGGGUGGUAGCACUGUGGUAACCUUGGAGGGGUCCCCUGUGUGAGGUCGCCUCUGCCAGAGUGCAAGUGCUACUGGAGCCCCCCCUGGGCACUCAUUGUCCUGUGCUGUUAGUCUGAGGGGUUGCGGGGGGAGGGGGGGUAGUGGCUGCUGGAGUUGGUGUCGGGGAGGGGGAUGGGGUGGGUGGGGGCUCCUUUGUUAAUAAACUCCAACGUCGGGAUUUCAUUUUGGUUCAUUAAAGAAAAAAAUAAAGGAAAAAAAAAAAUACAAAAGGAAAAAAAAUUAAAUCAAAUUAUCUUCUCACCAUCUUCCAUUCUCCCCUGCUUCCUUGCAAAGUCGAUUUUAUGAUAAUUAACUAAGAGAUGGGAGAACCUUUAUUGAAAAUGUGUUGAGGGAUGCAUUUUUUUUUGUAACACUUUUGCCAAAAAUGCCAUUUUGAAGUUUCGAAGCCUUCCUUUUUUUUUUUUUUUUUUCCUUAAGUUUUAGGGAACAGUAAAAUUGUAACAUUUCCAUGUGUAAGGUGUUAAAAUAUACUAAGCAUUCCCGUCAUCUCAAAACAACUGGGAUGUUUUGUCUCAUUUUUAAAGAGAAAAGAGAUCACUAAAUUUACUCCUAUAAAUAUAUAGGUCUUAAUAAAAAUGAGGCAUUACAAAAAAAAAUGAUACUGUAACUUUUUAUUUGUUGUAAAUGGUUUUGUUUCCAGAAGCUCUGUGCUAGAUUCCACGUUUCUUUUGAAAGCUCAAUUACGGCAUGAUUUAUUUUUUAUUUAUUUAACUAGACAGAUCAAUAAGCACUUCGCAUGUCUCUCGUUUAGAAGACUGCCUCUCCCCUUUUCUAAAGAGAAGCACUUUCUCACCCAGCUUUAGUCGCGAUACCUUCCAGCCUCCAUCUACGGUAAAGUAACAAAUUGGCAAUAUAAAAUUGACAUUUACAACCCGAGCAUGUGGCUCCCCACAUCCUCCAGCUUAACCUGGAUGUGAAACCCCUGUAAUAAUCUAUAGGUUCUGCACUUGAAUUGAAAAAUCAGUUAUGCCUGUAAUUUGCUUGUGGGGGGGUAGAACAACUAAGGUGUGUUAAAUCUGAAAUGUUAAAGAACAAAUUAAAACGGACACUUCCAAAACUGGUUGUCUGUACUGGUCCUGCCCCCUGUAGUGUUUAAUGGUACCGCAUGCAGCCCGGGCUGAUAACACUUUUGUUUUUAUAUUUCAUGUCGAAGGUGACCAAAUGUAGUGUUUGUGUCUCUCUCUCUCUCUCUCUCUCUCGCUCGUCUCCCUCCCUCCCCAUUCACAGGCCAAUGUAAAAUUAAAAUAAAUACCUAAAGAAAUUACUAUGUAGUUGCUUGUGCUUGAACAUGUGUGCCACUGCCCAGAUUGGUUUGGGUGGGGUGAAGUUUGAAUUUUUCUGUCUGUUUUGUACCCCCCCCCCCCCCCCCAGUUGAAUUACUAAUAUGGAAGCCGCAUUGAUAACCACAUUCAAUAAAAAAUACAAUACACGA